GCACCAUGGAUUUGCUUUUUUCCAUAUUUAGUUUCUUUGUUGACUGGGAUUUAAAGAGUCUGCUGUUGUUUGUGGUGGUUUUUAUCAUUACCGCAGAUUUGGUUAAAAACCGUCGACCAGUUGGCUUCCCUCCUGGACCCAGAGCUCUACCCAUUGUGGGCAACAUAUUCACAUGGGACCAAAGCAGACCCCAUGAGAAGCUGAUGGAGUUGGCAAGGACUUAUGGAGAUGUAUUCAGCCUACGAUUUGGUCAGAAAUGGUCAGUAGUGUUGAAUGGAUUUGAUACUAUUAAGGAGGCUCUGCUUACGAAGGGAGACAGCAUGGUGGACCGUCCAAAACUUGCUUUGCAGGAAGAAGUAACAGGUGGAUUAGGAAUAAUAAUUAGUAAUGGAGACAUCUGGAAACAACAGAGGCGUUUUGCACUUUCAACCCUCAAAUACUUUGGGUUUGGGAAAACGUCUCUUGAACAUGUCAUCCUGGAUGAAUUCAGACAUUGUGCGGAAGAGUUCAGGGGUUAUAAAGAGAAGCCUGUAAAUCCACAUCUCAUCAUCAAUAACGCUGUCUCCAACAUCAUCUGCCACCUGGUCUUUGGUCAUCGCUUCGAGUACGGGGAUGAGAAGUUCAGGAAACUGAUGCUACUGUUUGAUAAGGCACUCCAGAUCGAAGCCUCUAUUUGGGCGCAACUCUACAAUUCUUUUCCUCUGCUGAUGAGGCUGUUGCCUGGUCCACAUCAGACCCUCAAGCAGAUCUGGGGAGAUGUGAAGAGCUUCAUACGAGAGGAGCUGAACCAGCACAAGGAAAACUGGGAUUCCACAGAACGCAGAGAUUACAUCGACUGUUACCUGCAGGAAAUUCAAACGAAUAAGGGUCAGGAAGGCAACACAUUUGAUGAAGAAAACUUGAUCAUGUGUGUCUUGGAUUUGUUUGUGGCUGGCUCAGAAACUACAUCCACCACCCUACGCUGGUCGUUUCUCUACAUGGCUAAAUAUCCUGAGAUUCAAGAGAAUGUCCAAGCCGAGAUAGACAGAGUGAUCGGACAAUCCAAACAGCCCUCUAUGGAGGAUCGUGCCAAUCUUCCCUACACAGAUGCUGUAAUCCAUGAGAUCCUUAGGAUGGGCAACAUAGCUCCUCUUGCCUUACCACAUUCUACCAACAAGGAAGUCCAGCUGGGAGGCUACACCAUCCCAAAGGGCAUACUCAUAGUUCCAAACUUGGCCUCAGUGCUGUUUGAUAAAAAAGAAUGGGAGACACCUUUGGAAUUUAACCCCGGACACUUCCUGAAUGAGGAGGGCAAGUUUGAAAAAAGAGCUGCUUUUAUCCCUUUUUCUGCCGGAAAGCGUCUGUGUCUUGGGGAGAACCUGGCCAGGGUUGAACUUUUCCUCUUCUUCACGUCCUUCAUGCAGCACUUCACAUUCUCAAUGCCAGCUGGAGUGGAGGCUGUCAUGGAUUACCGAGCAGGAAUCACUCUGGCACCAAAGCCAUAUGAAAUAUGUGUUAAGCCACGCUAACAUCAGCUUUGUUGUUAUUUUUAAAGAAAGGGGUAAAAAGCUUACCUGCUAAAUCCUCUUUCCCAAAAUGUCCCUAAGUGAUUUUGCUGACGUGUAAAUAUGAGCCGAUUUGAGCAGU